AUGUCUCCCCCCGUGGGCGGUGGGUGUCGCCAGCGGUCCCUGAGCAGCGCAGGCCCUGCGGGGACCCUCCCGACCCCGCUCGGGCCGGCGUGUGCGCUGGUGAGCCCGGAGACGCCAGCAGGGCACAGCGGGAAGGUCGCCCGCCAGGGGCAGGAGGGGUGGGGUUGCUGCUAUCGGACCUCCCGGGUCCUCAGCACCGAGACUGGUUUUUCUGGGGAGACGGACGCGGAACAGCAGCUGGUUCAUGUCGCUCCCUGGAUGCCGCAGCGUACAGAGGAGCUGCCUCGCUCAGUGAACCAGUUCCCCCAAGACGGGGGACUCCGGCCCACAGCCACUGUCCCGAGGGAACGUCUGGACUUUUGGCUCCACAGGAAGCCGGGCACCAAGAUCUUACGUGAAAUCUCCCGACACUCGGUCCCGUUGGCAGCCAUGGACACAUCUGGGGGCGACUGGGGGUGGGAGCUGCUCAGCGGGGACCCCAGGGAGGGGCCUCUCCGGCAGGACCCGUGUUCCCUAGAGGGACCACCCUCUGGGGUGCCGGGGGUUCCCUGCACGCUGCGCUCUGUGGCAGGAGGCGCUGUGGGCUUGGGGGCCAGAGGGGGCCAGCCCAGGUGGGCCUCCCUGCCCUGCACGGGUCCCCGACACCCCUUCCUUCCCCGAGGCCGGGCUCUCGGCUCGGGUUGUCGGGGAGGGAUCGCGGGUGCGCGCAGGGAGGGCGGCGAAGCCCCCGAGGCGCCCCAUCCUCCGCGUGCCCUCUGCCCUGCGCCCCCUCUCGCCCCCGCAGUGGCGCUGCCCCCCGAGAAGGCCGAGGGCCCCGGACAGCUCUUCGGCGCGGAGGACGGAGAGCGGGCGGCCGGCUGCGAGGGCCCGCGGGCACCGGGUGGGACGCGCCUGCACAUCGACGCCCUGCAGUGCGACGUCUGGGUGCAGGAGGGCGACCGCCAGGAGUGGACGUUCACGCUCUACGACUUUGACCACAGCGGGAAGGUCACCAGAGAGGAUGUGUCCAGCCUGGUGCACACCAUCUACGAGGUGGUCGACGCCUCCUUCAACCAUUCCUCGGGCAGCAGCAAGACCCUUCGCGUGAAGUUGAGCGUCGGCCCCGAGCCCUCCGGCAAGAAGAAGGAGGGUCCCCCCGCCGGCCAGGACCGGGAGCCCCCUCGCUGCAGGGCAGAGGCUGAGCCCACGGAGGACGCCCGGGUGGCCGACAGGAGGCUGUGUGCCCACAUCAGGAGGCCGAGCGCCGACCCCCAGCCCUGCACAGCGCGGGGGCCCUACCGCGUGGACGAGAACACGGAGCGCAGGAACCACUACCUGGACCUUGCUGGGAUCGAGAACUACACGUCCAGGUUCGGCCCCGGGUCCCCUCCGGCUCCGGCCAGGCAGGAGCACCACGCCAAGGCCGCGCCCCUGCAGAGCAGGUCCCGCUCCCAGGAGUCGGACGCCCACGUCCUGCAGCCCCGCAGGUCCCAGGUGCUGGCCGACCAUGUCACACUGGCCAACCACGCCUCGCUGGCCACGGAGCCUGCUGCCCGGGCCCUGGACACGCAGCCCCGGCUGAAGGGGCAGGAGAAGCCGCUGCUCAAGUCCCCCAAGGGCGCGGGGAGGCCUCCCGGCAGCAGCAAGCCCGGGAGAGGCUUCGGCCACCACCUGCCCGCCCAGGCCCCGCCGGACACCCACCACCCCCCGCAGGCCCCACCCCUGCCCUACGGCCACAAGCGGUACCGGCAGAAGGGCCGGGAGGGGCACUCGCCGCUCAAGGCCGCGCACGGCCAGCCGGCCGCGCUGGAGCACGAGGUGGUGCGGGACCUGCCGCCCGUGCUGGCGGGCGAGGGCCACGUGCUGCCCGUGGUCCAGCGGCACGAGCACCACCACCACCACGAGCACCACCACCACCACCACCACCACCUGCUCCCCCACCCCUGCUAGCUGCCGCCGGGGCUCGGCCUCCCCCCGGCACCCCCAGCAUCUGCUCGACGGCAGGCGUGGGUGGGGAGGUGGCGCCGGAGGGACACCUGGACGUUGCUCCCUCUCCUGGGUCGCUGUGUCCACGAUUACACAGCUGCUCCGUGUGACCGGCGAACACCGCACAUGCAAGAAAACAGGUGACUCCAAAGCGAGGCCGCAGAUCGCUGGAGGGGCUCUCUGCUCCGACUCUCCACGAGUUUCUCUCGAAGUGCUUCAGCUCUGGGUGCGUCGGCCCUCCGGGUGCAGGGCGUUGUGGGGCCAGCAGCGGGUGGAAUAUGUCACUCGCUCACCGUGAAGUCACAGCGUGGGCAGUGGCUCCUCCCCGGCGCGCAGGGUCUUCGGCUGGACGGGGCCACGCGGGACUCACAGCGGGAGCCGGUGGCCGAGGGAACUGCCCAGAAAUGCCCGAGACGAGGCUGGGAAGGGCUGGGCCGGCGCUGGCGGGCAGCGGGGGGCAGACCGUGGUGUUGCGGGUGGCGGUGUGGUGAGUGGGAGGCGGGGCGUGGACUCAGGCAGGAGCCAGGUCCAGACAUCUCACCGUGGGGGGGCCAAGCCGAGCUCCUCCAAAGUGGAGCCGAUGCUGCCCCAUCCCUGAGCCGAGCAGGUGGGGCGACCUGGCCACCGCGAACGUGCAGGGACUUGGCGCUGCCGCCUGGCUCUGUUUUUACGUGGAUCGGAUUCAUGGUCACCCGGUAAUGGAGAUGUUUUUCCAGGCAUGAUAAAAACAUGUGCGUUUUGCAAUACAUCA